AUGGCUCAAAGCUCUAGCUCGUGGACCGCUAAACAGAACAAAGCCUUUGAGCAGGCUCUAGCAACCUAUGACCAGGAUACUCCCAACCGUUGGCACAAUGUCGCCAAAGUCGUGGGUGGAAAAACAACCGAAGAAGUAGAAAGACACUAUGAACUCCUUGUGCAAGAUAUCAACAACAUCGAAAACGGUCGUGUUCCAUUCCCAAACUACAAGACUAGUGGAAGCUGCACCAAUGGCAGGCUGAUUCAAGAGGAAAAGAGGUAUUAG